AUGGGAUCUUCUGUGCGUUUUCAAUCUGCUCAUAUGGCAGACAUCAAAGGAAAGGGCAUAAUGUACGAGGAUGAUGAUGAGCCAAUUCAAAUCGUUGAGUUAGAGGACUUUCAUGUCAUAACUGAGUUUCGACUCUUGCUAAUGGGGAAAAUACUGAACCCAAAGAAGCAGAAUGUUGAGAAGCUGAUUCAAUACAUGAUAAACAAGUGGGGUAUGGAGGAUCGUGUUACCGCAAAUGAUCUCGGCAAUGGAAAAUUUAUUUUCAACUUCACAAGCGAGGAGGAUAUCAAGGAAGUUCUCCGACAGGGUCCUUUCCAUUACAACUACUGUAUGUUUGUGUUGGUGAGGUGGGACCUUAUUGUACACGAUGAUUAUCCCUGGAUUCAGAUAACAGGCUUGCCUUUGCACCUGUGGAAUGUUGAUAACUUAAAAAGAAUUGGAGGCCGUCUUGGUCACGUUGAUACCAUAGAACUUGAGGAGGGGAGGAUAUUGAUCGAUAUUGAUACGAGAAGGCCUCUCAAGUUCACUAGGAAGGUAACAAUUGGUGAUAAGGAGGUAACAAUUCAAAUCGCAUACGAUCUUCUAUUCAAGCAUUGCUCAACAUGUGGAAUGUUAACACAUGAGAAAGAGUAUUGCCCUUUGGUAAAGGAGGAGCCUCGGGUUCAACUACCAUCGGAACGAGCUGGUGUGUUUGCACGUGUUCAAGUACCGCAUGGACAUUAUGAUCGCCAGCCUCUGCUGAGGAAUCAAAGCCUUCGCGAUCGGGAGCAUGAUCGUCAGGUUGAUGUCUUACACUCUCGACAGACUGCUGUCUCAAGAACUCGCGAAAAUAGGGACAGAUACCAGAGGACGCAUGUGAACCAGUACAGAGGCCUCAACAACAGUAAGCAUGAUUCACACUCUGACAGGAUCAUUAUAGCUCGCGAUGAGAGGCCAAGAAGCAAUCGUUAUGGAAAAGGCGAGUGA